AAAGAAGCCUUGAUUUGUGCUUUGAUAGCUUGGGUACCCGCUGAUUCUCGCGGAGCGCUGCUUUGCGCUGGCCCAUGUGACAUCGUGGCCGCCAUUCAUGCCGCUGCUCGCACUUGGCGAGGCUCCACGUAGGCGUUUGCCGUUGAUUUCGCCAUCAGGAGUGGUCAAGCCUGGCGACGACCAGCCGCCGUCGCGCCUCGGAGACGGGCUGCGGUCGAGCGACAUGUGCUGGCGGUGCUGGUCGCGCUCGUCGUCCUCGUCGAAAGAUGUGGUGCCCAGCGUGAGCGAGGCGUGACGCGUGGGCGACGUCGAUGCUCGCAGGCCAAAGGGAGCUCCACUCCCAGCCGUCAGCCUGGUUGAGGCAGAGGUUCCAGUGACUCCACUGUUUACUGCAGUUACCGGAACAUGGGCCUGGGGUUGGGCAUGGGCAUUGAGAUGGCUCGCAGUAUGGAGAUUGCUGCCGCCGCGAGAGGGCCGACGACGCUCCACUGGCGGGCGAUGAGUAGGCCACCUUUGCGAUUGCUGGUCGCGCUCUCUACGAUGCUCACGCCGCCCUCACCCUCACCGCAGCGUGCGGCGGCGAAAGCGGGAGUGUCGAGUCGAGUCGGCUGCAGGAGCGUGGAGGAGCAGUACUAUGUGGCUAAGCCUUCGCGUAUGCAAGUCGACACGGAUAUGUCUCGUCGUGGCGCGCACUCAUCGGGUGCGGGUGGAUGGAGAGCACGUGUGUCUCAGGCGCGAAGAAAGGGAUGCCACCGCAGCUAG